AUGAAUGGAAAUAUCUCCUCCUCGAGAACGAACGAUCAUUCUUCAAGAAGAGACCAACACGCUCAGCAACAGGCAAUGCUGAAGAGAGAAUUCAUUCCUUCUUCAACGGUUAGUCCGUCCCCAAGGCUAGUGGUAGACACUUCUUUCUUAUCAUCCUCAAGUGGCUUUACAACGAAUCCAAAGACAAUCUCCGGUUCCACUAUUAAGGAUGAAUCUCAUCAAAACCAUAAUUACCAUGUAAAAUCAUCUCUGCAAAUACCAGAGAGAAAGGACAACUAUUCUCCUUUGCGGACUCCAAGUUUUUCAAGCACCAAUUCAGAAACAAGUAUUCUCAUUCACGAUAGCCAUACUCAUCACCAAGAAUAUAGAUUUGAAGACGGCCUUCUUCUCGAACAACACUCUGUUUCGUAUCCAAGUUGGCCUGUUUACUGGUACUCCGAUAAGGGUGAGAUAUUUAUGAGGGUAUUAUGUAUCAAAGUAUCGUCCAAAGAGAUUGUGGUGAUUGAUCCUUUUGCAAAAAGGAUUGUUCUCCAAGGAUUGUUUGUAAAUUUGGCCAAAAUCUCAUAUGAUAACAACGAGGUUGAAGAUACUCCUCUCAAACUCUUCCGAAUGCAGUUCAAGAAAAAGGACGCCAUAAUAUUUCUAAGCAAGGAUAGGAAUGAAAUUAUCAACUGUUUAUUAUUCUAUCUUAGAGAAUUUAGAGAAACAGAAAUGUUAGAAAUUAUCAACACGGGGAAAAAUCAAUCUCAUCAAAAUAUGUUUUCACCAGAUAUGUCAGUAGGGCUGCACGAAUUUCAGGUUUUCGGAAUUGACAAACGAGGGCGAUAUUUUCCUCAUAUUUUAGGUUUAUAUUCCAAUCAUAUACGCCAUAUUGAUUCUGAGACACGAGAUGCGUUUUCAAUUCAUUCGUAUGCUGACAUUGAAAAUGAUAUUUUCAUUGAUCUUGAGGUGCCCACAAAACUAACCAUCCAUUAUAGGGAUGACAAUCCAUACACAUUUCUGGUGUCCGAUAGAGAUAGAAGUGAUGUGCUGGUGCUUCUACAAGGUCGAUCUUUCAUAUAUGGGUCAUGCAAUUCAUCAGAUCAACUUUUUGCGGAAAAUAUAGAACCAGCAGAUAAUACCUUAAUAAUUGAUAAGGUGGAAAGUGGUGGACCUCUUGAUUUUCCUCAAAAGAUUUUUCAACAUGUUCCGAUUACAUCUACCAAUGUCAUGAUAAGUGACCCAAUUGUAGAUCAAUCGGGAAUUCUCAUGCAUGCGAUUUCCAAUCCUAAAGAUCCAAACGCUUUGAGUGACUACCAAAGAGAACAUAUUGAUCAAAUUCAAAAGGGUAUGAGAGUAUACAUGCAUGUUCCUAAGAAAAUAGUAUUUAGAGGUAAAAAAACCUCCACCCAGCCUAGAAUUGUUAGAAUACAUCUCGAAGCUUAUACUGGCCAUGUAGUUAUCGAAUGGGGUAAGACCAACACCAAAUUAAAACAUAAAGGAGUGAUUGAAGGUAUUGAAACCGGUCAUACAGCCAUUAUUGAGACAUCUAAAAUUAGUCAGUUACAGCUCAGUAAUUUUUCAUUUGCCCUAAAGCAUCUGGAUCAACCGAGUAUCAACAUUUCAUACAAGGUAUUGAUUUGCUUCUAG